CAGAAGAGUCUCUUCUGCUGCUGCUGCGCGUCUCCACACAGUCUGACGUGCGCUCUUCUCCAAGCUGGAAGUGCGAUCAUAGAUCAUCUUUGAACAACUUUAUCUACUUUUCCUGCAACGCAAAAGGGCUCAAACGGUUUCAUCAUGGGACAGCGGUUCUCCAGGCAAGGAGCCACAGCCACCAGUGCUGAGGCUGCUGCCACUGAACAGAAGACUGCAGCGGAGCCGGCAGCUACACAACCAGCAGCAGACGCUGGGAUGACUGUUAAGGCCGAGACUCAGGAGGUGGUGAAGGGGGAGCCGGUGACCCUGAUUGCGUGUUUACCCGCUGAAGAUUGUGUGGCAGAGUGUAAAGUGGUAGAAGCUCCUGUCUCAGAGCCUGUGGAGAAGGAAACCCCAGCUCCAGUCCAACCUGAGCCUCUGGUCUCGGUCAGCGCACCAUCACCUCCAGAGUCAGAACCUGUUGCAGAACUAGAACCUGUUGCUGAAGCUCAGCUUGCUCCAGAGCCUGUUCCCGAACCAGAACCAGAACCAGCUCCAGCUCCAGUUUCCGAACCCGAGCUUGUCCCCGAAGUCGAGGUAGAAGUUGAGGCAGUCCCUGAGCCCAUCCCAGAGUCAGUACUAGCCCCAGUUGAAGCCAUGGAGCAGGAGAUAGACCUGCUUAACCAAGUGUCUCUGCCCGAGCCUGUGAUUUGUUCACUUCCUUUGAUCGACCUGAUCGUCCCUGAUGUAACUCCUCCACCUACUGACAUUCCUAUCGCUGCCCCAGUCGACGCGGACGAGCCCUCAGACAUCCCGGUGAUCGAGCAGUGCCAAGACAUUGCUGAGAUUUCUCUGAUUCCCACACCUGAGCCAGAAGAGAGCGAGGACACAUCCGUGUCUCUGGGUAAGCUGAUAGAGGUGGAGGCCGCAGAGAAUCUGGAGCAGCUGGUGAACGACGUCAACGAGGAAAGUGUUUGUGGACUGUUGAACAACUUGGAGCUGAAAGGAAAUGACCUUGACGCUGACCUCAUUCCCACCGACGUCAAGAUCGCCGAUGACAUGACCGCUUCCGUUGAGCUGAUGUGAAACAGUGUAAGAUUAAAAAAGUGAAUGGAUAUUUUUCUGUGAAACCCUCUUAACCCCUUACAUGAGUUCUUAAAGAAUCACGGAUGCAAUGUUUUUUUUCUCACUUAAGUGGCCCAAUAAAGGCAAACAGCUAUCUCUCUUUCUAAAUGAACCAACUGUGCCAAAAAGUAAAAAGGUGUAUUGGUGGGGAUUUAACAGCACAGGGGUUAAUGAGUGUACUUAAGUGUAUUGCUGGACAACAGAGAUCUUCCUCUAUGCAAAUUCACCAAGCAAGAAUUUAAAUGUAUUUCUUGAAGAGAAAAAGAAGGCAUUGCUAUGUAACAUCGCCCUACAGAAAGAGGUUAAAGGGAAGGAUUAUCACGUUGAUCGAGUACAAAGGGAAAAGCAAAAGCUUUUUUUGAGGUGGAUACCGGGGUUUGUGAGUCUACAGCACUCCAGAGGUGAAUGCAAAACAAUAGGCAAGGGACAGUAGCAAUGCAACCAAAGAUGGAGACAGUAUAUGCAUACCGCUAUCAGGAUACAAGUUUCCAAUAAACAUUUAUGCCUUAACAUAAUCGUGUUUGGACUUUGUAAUAUUCUUUAUUGUAUUCUAAUACAACAAUGGGACUUUUUAACCCAAGUAGUGGCUUGCUUGUGAAAAUAAAAAUAUUCUACAUGUUA